AUGGCCUCUUCUAAACAAGAAGUGCAGGACAUUCUGGAGCAACUUGUCUCUAUCGCUUCCCGGAAUCUAAAGCAUCUAGAUAUACAAAACAACUACCAUGUGAUCCGGGAACUUGGGGACGGUGGCUAUGGCUCUGUGCUCAUGGUAAAGGACAAGAAAACAGAUCAAACAAUGGCACUUAAGCUCUUGCAUAGGAAGAAGACAACUGAAUCUUCCUUCCUCACGGAGAUCAGCACAUCCUUUUUCUUGUCCUCCCAUCCUAAUAUUAUUGGAAUAUAUGGCGUUGGCUUCAAGACCGGUGAAUAUUUUGCCUAUACUCAGGAGCUGGCGUCAAAUGGAAAUCUGCUCUCCCUGAUUCCAUCUAAUGACGGACUCCCAGAAGACAUUGUGAAGAGAUGUGCGGUGCAGAUCUCUAGUGCCCUGGAAUUCAUAGAGAGUAAGGGGCUGGUUCAUAUGGACAUCAAACCUGAAAACAUCCUGGUGUUCCAUAAGGACUGCCACCUCAUCAAAAUUACAGACUUUGGUCUUUCACGGGUCAAGGGAACAAUAACCAAAACAAGAUCUGGCAGUAGAUCAUAUAUGGCACCAGAGAUGGGGAAACUUACCAAUGAGGACACUUUGGUUAUAGACUCAUCUCUGGAUGUCUGGUCCUUUGGUGUUGUUCUUUGCUGCUUGCUUACAGGGAAAUCUCCAUGGCAGUCAGCAGAUCCAUCAGACCAAGCAUAUUGUAGUUUUGUUGAGUGGCAGAAUAAUCUCCAGAAUAUGGAGCCACCAUCUCCAUGGAGAAGACUUCCACCUCAGGCACUGAAAAUGUUCAGCAGUCUUUUAGCCAUAGACUGUAAUAGGAGGAGUAAAUGUACCGAAGUGUUGUUGGUCUUGGACGAAUGCUGGAAAGAAGAAUUCUCAAAAAUAACUACGAAAGUAAAUUCAUCUGAGGAGUCUGGACCAACAAAUAUCUCCCACAGAAGUGUUUCCACUACAUCAAUCCUUAGUGCUAAGUCUUACUAUUUGACCUCUGACAGUUCUCAUGGCGAGGAGCCUCCAGAUUUUAGGAAGGACGACAUCCAGUAUCCAGCAGUGUUUAUGGAUGAUGAGGUAUCAGUCUAUGUUGGGGCAGAAGUGGAAAUUGGAUGA